AUGCACAGUUUUUCCAAAGUCAUAGUGCUGGCCCUGGCUAUCUUACAUGUGGCAGGCCGUAAGCUGGAUGACGUACCACAAGAUCCCUCUUCAAUCGACGAAGCGAGUGCCAUAAUCCACAGCUUUGGUUAUUCUGGAGAUGCACGAAAUGAGAAUGAAGACGCAAGGAACAAAAUACCCCUUGUAGAGCGCUGGCGACAAUGGGUUCGAAGGCAAGAUACGACCGAGACUUCGGGCGAUCAAACGACUACAGAGGAGAAAUCUGCAACGCAACAGACCACAGAAAAAGAGACGACCACCGAAGACAAGCCAACGACGACAGAUGAGCCUCAAUCUACGACUGAAGAGCCAACAACUGAAGAACCCACCACUGAGCCAUCAUCUACACAAGAGCCUACAUCAUCAACAGCGCAAUCUACAUCCACAGAAACAUCCACAGAAACAUCCACCGACCCAACCUCCACCACAAGCACCACCCUAGCUUCAACAAAAGUCGGCGCAUCCUGCUACAGCACCACCGUCUCCACAACCGUAGUCUGCACCAUCACCACCGCCGGCCGAACCGAAAGCGCAUCCUGCAUCACCAACAGGAUGACCUCGAGCACCUGCGCGCCGGGCCUAUUCUGCGAGAUCCAUCCAGACUCUGGCGCUACGGUCUGCAUGGAGCAGCACAACGAUAUUGGCACUGAAGGGAUUGUCGUGGCGGCUUUCUUUGGCGUGUGUAUUGCUGGGUGUAUAGCUGUGAUGGUGGGUAUGUGUCUGCGGGAUAAGCGUGCGCAGAAGAAGUUUGAGACUUUGAAGAGAGCUAGGACGCUGAGGACGGCGAAGAGAGAGGAACGUGCGAGACUUAUGGCUGGUGGUGGCCAAUAG